CAGGUAACCCUCGAACCUAGUUUUCCUUCCUACUCACGUCUCAGAGCACCUCCAUCAAAUGCGUUCAUGUUCUGAAGAUGAUUUCACGAAGUUCCAGGGGCUUUUGUUCCUUAAAGAAGUUAUUUCCUGUCGUGAUUGGAGGGUCAUCUAGAGCCAAACACACCCUUCCCGAUUUGCCGUACGAUUACGAUGCUUUACAGCCUACAAUCAGCGCAGAAAUUAUGCAACUUCAUCACCAAAAGCAUCAUGCAACUUAUGUGAACAACUUGAAUGUAGCUGAAGAAAAGUUUGCUGAGGCUCAAGCCAAAGGUGAUACCAGUGCUAUGAUAUCACUCCAGCCAGCCUUGAAAUUCAAUGGAGGAGGACAUAUUAAUCACUCAAUAUUUUGGACAAAUCUCUCACCUAAUGGUGGAGGUGAACCAACAGGAGCCUUAAUGGAAGCAAUCAAUGAAGACUUUGGUUCGUUUGAAAACUUUAAAGAGAGGUUCAGUGCAGCAACUGUGGCCGUGCAGGGCUCAGGAUGGGGUUGGCUGGGUUAUAGCAAGGCUGACAAGGGCCUGGUGAUCACCACAUGUGCUAACCAAGACCCCCUUCAGGCAACCACAGGUAAUAGCUAGUAAAAUUAUAAUGGU